AUGGCCGAAGCGGGCGCGGGCUUCGUGGAGCAGCUCAAGGCGUGCGCGGUGUGGUCCUGGACGUACCUGUGGGCCGUGUGGUUCUUCCUCGUGCUCUUCCUGGUCUACGUGCUGCGGGUGCCCCUGCGGAUCAACGACAACUGGAGCGCAGUGAGCAUGUUUUUGAAUACAUUAACACCGAAGUUCUACGUGGCCCUGACAGGCACUUCCUCACUAAUAUCGGGGCUUAUUUUGAUAUUUGAAUGGUGGUAUUUUCGCAAGUAUGGAACAUCAUUCAUUGAACAAGUCUCAGUAAGCCACUUGCGCCCCCUUCUGGGAGGGGUUGACAACAACUCCUCCAACAAUUCUAACUCCAGUAAUGGGGACUCAGAUUCCAACAGGCAAAGUGUCUCAGAAUGCAAAGUAUGGCGAAAUCCACUAAAUUUAUUUCGGGGUGCUGAAUAUAAUCGAUACACUUGGGUGACAGGACGAGAACCUCUGACUUACUAUGACAUGAAUCUCUCUGCCCAGGACCACCAGACUUUCUUUACUUGUGACUCGGACCAUCUGCGCCCUGCAGAUGCAAUAAUGCAGAAAGCCUGGAGAGAGAGAAACCCCCAAGCUAGAAUUUCGGCAGCGCAUGAAGCAUUAGAAAUAAAUGAGUGUGCAACUGCUUAUAUUCUCUUGGCUGAAGAGGAAGCAACAACCAUUGCCGAAGCAGAAAAGCUGUUUAAGCAGGCCCUGAAGGCUGGAGAUGGCUGCUACCGGCGCUCUCAGCAGCUGCAGCAUCAUGGAUCCCAGUACGAAGCCCAGCACAGACGAGACACCAAUGUCUUGGUCUACAUCAAAAGAAGGCUAGCAAUGUGUGCCAGAAGACUCGGGAGGACCAGGGAAGCAGUGAAAAUGAUGAGAGAUUUAAUGAAGGAGUUCCCCUUGCUAAGCAUGUUCAACAUCCACGAAAACCUUUUAGAGGCCCUUCUGGAGCUACAAGCAUAUGCUGAUGUUCAGGCAGUUUUAGCAAAGUAUGAUGAUAUAAGCUUACCAAAGUCGGCAACAAUAUGCUACACAGCUGCCUUGCUCAAAGCCAGAGCUGUCUCUGACAAAUUCUCUCCCGAGGCUGCAUCUCGACGGGGGCUGAGCACAGCAGAGAUGAAUGCAGUCGAGGCCAUUCACAGAGCUGUUGAGUUCAAUCCUCAUGUGCCAAAAUACCUACUAGAAAUGAAAAGCUUAAUUCUACCCCCAGAACAUAUCCUGAAGAGAGGGGACAGUGAAGCAAUAGCAUAUGCGUUCUUUCACCUGGCACACUGGAAGAGGGUGGAAGGGGCUUUGAAUCUUUUGCAUUGUACGUGGGAAGGCACUUUCCGGAUGAUCCCUUAUCCCCUAGAAAAGGGGCAUCUCUUUUACCCUUACCCGAUCUGCACAGAAACGGCAGACCGAGAGCUGCUCCCGUCUUUCCACGAGGUCUCAGUUUACCCAAAGAAGGAGCUUCCCUUCUUCAUCCUCUUCACUGCCGGACUGUGCUCCUUCACAGCCAUGCUGGCCCUCCUGACGCACCAGUUUCCGGAACUUAUGGGGGUCUUCGCCAAAGCUUUCCUCAGCACGUUGUUCGCCCCCUUAAACUUCGUCAUGGAGAAGGUGGAGAGCAUCCUCCCCUCCAGCCUGUGGCACCAGCUGACCCGCAUCUAG